AAACUUCCGACUGAUGGAUUAAAUCAAUGAAUUCUUGAAUUUUUCAAGUCUUUGUCAUAUUAGUUGGUCGUCUCGAAAAUUCUUCUAUUUCUUUGUAAAUUAUUAAUAGCUGCUUGUUAUUGAUUCGUUAGUAUUCAGUACCCUUGCUUCUCGUACAGUAAAUAAAGUGGGAAUGUUUCAAAAAUAGUGUUAUUUGAAGGAAUAAUUCGUAAUUUGUGGACGUCACAUAUUGUUGCGUGAUAAAAAAUGGAGACUUCUUAUCAAGGGGGUGUGGCGGAGGAUGAAACCGACGAUUUUCAACGAUUGUCUCAAACAAUUGCAAGCAAUGUGAAGAAAAUCUCACAAAAUGUGUCUUCAAUGUCUAAGAUGGUCAACCAGCUGCAGACUCCACAGGAUUCCCAAGAGCUUCGCAAUCAGCUGCGUCAAAUCCAAAACUACACCCAGAAGCUUGCUAAAGAUACAUCCACUAUUCUGAUGGAAUUGAUGAAGAUGCGGGUCAACCAGACUGCGCAGAAACUGCAACGGGAGAGGCUGAGCGAUGAAUAUAUCAGCACUCUGAAUACAUUCCUGGCUACUCAGAAGUUAGCGGCUCAGAAGACGAAGGAAGAUAUACGUAAGGCUAAGGCCCAGUCGAUCAAUAUUCCUCCUCCCCCUCCUGGAGUUAACAGCAACAAGGAUCCAUGGGAUGAUAUGGGCGAUUCAAAUAUCCGUAAACAGGAGCAGCUGACGAUGCAAACCGAACGUGAACUUCAAGAGUUGGCUGAACGCGAAGGACAUAUUCGUCAACUUGAGAAUGAUAUAUUGGAUGUGAACCAGAUAUUCAAAGAUUUGGGUACUAUGAUCCAUGAACAAGGAACUGUGGUGGAUUCUAUUGAGUCCAGCGUCGAGUGUGCUCUCGAUAACGUGGAAAAUGGCACCCAAGAGUUACGACAGGCUGCUAAUUACAAGAACAAGAUCCGCAAGAAGAAGGUUUACUUGGCGAUUGUAUUGAUUAUAGUUAUAUCUAUUAUUUUGAUCAUUAUUUUUAAUCAUUAGACAAACUGCAAAUAUACCAAAAUCCAUUAUCUUAUAUCCAGGUCUGUAAAUAUCGUAUUUUUAUGUUUCUCUGUUAAAAAAAAUGAAUUUGAUAUUCCAAGAUUCUUUAUUUGUAAUUUUGGCCAUU